AUGUCAUUUGCUAAUAUUGAUUUAGAGGCCCAAAAGGAACCAUUAUUGAAAGGCAAAGAAAAUGAUGCUAAUUACACUUCACCUGAUGAAUUGGACACAAUUAUUGGGAAAACCUCUCGCCAGCUACUGGUAUUUGGAAACUUAAUUUCACAAUUUGAAACACAACGUAAACAGAUAGGUACUAGAAGAGAUACUCAAGAGUUGAGAAAUACUAUAGAUGUAUUGACAGGUAAAAUCCAAGAGAUGGAUAGAGCUAUCCUGGCCCUAAUUGCCAACUUAUCCACUCUUAUCAACCUGAAAAACAGCAUCACAGCUAGUGCUAGUAUAUCCAAUAGACAUAUAGUUAUUGAAGAAAGGUUAAGCCGCCAGUAUAGCGAGUUAUCAAAGGCAUUCAAUAAAUCAACAAAAGUGUAUCAAGAGAAAAAGAGAACCACACCUUUAUUGACUAGGCCAAGUAAAGAGACAGAGGAACAAACUAAAUCUGAAGAUACGUUGGCCACAAGCCAGCAGGAACAAGAGCAAGUUCAAACACAAGUUGACCAAGACCUCAUUGACCAAACCGAACUACAAUACCACAUAUUAUUAACCGAAGAACGAAACAGAGAAAUAGAACAAGUAACAGAAGGAAUAAUGGAGGUAAAUUCUAUAUUUAAAGAUUUGAGUCAGUUGGUACAUCAACAAGGAGAGCAAGUGAAUACUAUCGAGGACAAUAUUUUACAACUACAUGGAAAUACACAACAGGCAUCUAACGAGUUGAAUAAAGCAAAUGAGUAUCAAAAGCAAAAAGGGAAAUGGUCAUGUAUAUUGCUUGUUGCGCUUUGUAUAUUUUUACUAGUGAUUGUUCUUAUAGUAGUCAGCUAA